GCCCACAACUCUGGAAUUCAGGUGUACAAGGCCAUCGAAAUCUUUGGAAAUCUUACUGAAAUCUCAUUGAAAUCAGUGAAAUCCUUGAAAUCACUUGAAUUCCGUUGAAAUCACUUGAAAUCUGUUGAAAUCACUUUGAAUUCACACAUAAUCACAUUGAAUUCACAUGAAAUCACACGAAAUCACUUUGAAUUCACAUGAAAUCACACGAAAUCACAGGUUUCUCCACGGAUUAUUUUCAAUAAUUGUUGUGGAGAGACGAGUUGGAUGGCAAGUCCCUCGGCAAGCCCCUCUGCAAGCCCUACAGAGAAAAGUGAGCUUAAGUUUUGGGAUGUAAUAAAGGAGAAACUCGCGGUCCCGGCUUUCAUUAUUGGCAUUCUGGAGUACAAUGGAUUUGACAAUUUCGAUACCAUGGCAGAAUAUAGGGAGAAACUGCACUUGGAACCUUUACAAGUAUUUUGCCAAACUGCACUAGUGCAAAUUGCUGCCAAAGAUUCAGACCACAGUGUUAAAAGAAAAAAGGAGUACUUCGGUCCAUACUUCCUACUACCUGAAUGUUUUAUAUUUGCCGAAGGUCACAAAAUAACAUUGCAAAAUAUCUCUGACAUUUGCCAGAACCACAUCAAGAGUAAGAAGAAAUUGGAGCAACCUGAGCCAAAAACCCCCAAACCCCCAAAACAUUUUAAAACUAAUGUAGCAGCCCAAGCAAGGUCAACUCCACGCUCCUGCAAAGGUUCUGGUUGUGGGCAGCCUGACAAUGAGCAGAGUCACAUCUGUGAGAAGAAUAAAUUGUUGUCACGGAUUUUUACGUCUAUACAACCAAUGCAAAACCUUUUACAAAAAGAACUACUCCGUAAGCCAGAAGUGUCAAUUAACACAGAAACUGGGACAUUAAAAGCUUUCAUUAUCUGCCCUAUUUGCACAAAUCUGGUACAUGAGAGGCUAUUGAACUGGAACAAUAAAACAUUGAGAAAGUUCUAUCUGUUACACCAUGACGACUACGACUCUUUAAAAUACUUCCUUGUAUGGCAAAGUUCAAGGGAAAUUCUCAAAAUCACGCCAAAAUUACUUGAAAUCGUUGGAAAUCUCAGGAAGUCAAUGGAAUUCCUAUGAAUUCAGAAGACAUUUAACGGAAAUCAAUGGAAAUCAUGUGAAAUCAAUGGAAAUCAUGUGAAAUCUCGCGAAAUCAGUGAAUUCACUUGAAAUCUUUGAAAUCCGUGGAAAUCACCUGGAAUCAUGUGAAAUCUUUGAAAUCCGAAAAUCAGGUGUACAAAAUUUUUCG